AUGAAUAUCUACUCAAUAACCAUUCUACUCUUUAUUUUAGUUGUUACUGCUUCAGGACAGUUUUGCAAGUAUAUUACUAUGACUGCUUGGACAGCAGAAACACCCGAUCAGUAUUAUUCUUGCACAGCCCCUGUCAGCCAAUACGGUUUUGGUAACUGCCAAAAUAGCGAAGGAUACUCCCUUUCAGUAUCCUCCUUCAGUUCUCAAUCAAAUUUAGGACCCACUGGUCAAAUUUCAAUGAUUGAUAGUAGUCCCUAUACAACUGACCAUGAAAUUGAAAGUUGCCCAAAAGAAUCAAAAAUAAUUAAACCAAGAUAUUAUCUUUAA